GAGCGGCCAGGUGGGGUCUCCACAGGGGAACCAGCGCUGGGACAGUCACCUCCAGCAGCAUCCUGAUGUUCUGGGGACACUGGUGCUGGGGGUUCGGCGGGGAAGGGCUCCUGGGUCCUCAUGACCCUCUCCCAUGGGUGAGCUUCGGGGUCUUGGAAACAGACUAAAGGGAUGUCAAGUCCUCAUUCCUCGGAGCUGCUGACAAGGCCAGACUGGGUCAGGUUUUCUUGCUCCCGCCCCAGCACCUCCGGGCAGUGGAAGGUCCAGAGAGAGGUCGGGGACCGGGCUGCUCGGUGCGCCCUGGGCUUGUCCCCUUCUCUCCCUGGCUGGUGACUUGCACUCUCCUGGAGCUGGUUCUCGCAGCCCGAGGCCGUCGUGAGAUAGGAGGCACUAAGGGUUAUUUUGGGGAGGCGGAUAUUUUGGGCCAAAGAGGAGAACGGGCUCCAGGCACCAGGAAGUGAAUCCUUCACUCCCAAGGACGAUGCUGUGGCUGCUGCUCCUGACCCUCCCCUGCCUGGGGGGCUCCGUGCCCAGGAAUCCAGAGCCCGGCGCGGGGCGUGAGCUGGUGGGCAUCGUCGGGGGCUGCGACGUCUCGGCCAGGAGGUUCCCCUGGCAGGUCAGCUUGAGGUUCUACAGCAUGGAGAAGGGCCUGUGGGAGCACAUCUGCGGGGGCUCCCUCAUCCACCCAGAGUGGGUGCUGACCGCCGCCCACUGCCUCGAGCCGGAGGAGCUGGAGGCCUGUGCGUUCAGGGUGCAGGUCGGGCAGCUGAGGCUCUAUGAGGACGACCAGCCGACGAAGGUGGUUGAGAUCGUCCGUCAUCCCCGGUACAACAAGAGCCUGUGUGCCCGGGGUGGUGCGGACAUCGCCCUGCUGAAGCUGGAGGCCCCAGUGCCGCGGUCUGAGCUCGUCCACCCGGUCUCACUCCCGCCCGCCUCCCUGGACGUGCCCUCGGGGAAGACCUGCUGGGUGACCGGCUGGGGUGACAUUGGACAUGGAGAACCACUGCCCUGGCCCCUCAGCUUGCGGGAGGUGAGGGUGAAGGUCAGGAGCAACGUCCUCUGUAACCAGAUCUAUUGCCGCCGCUUUCCUUCCAACCACACUGAGCCGUCUGAGCAGCUCAUCAAGGACGACAUGCUGUGUGCCGGGGACGGGAACCACGGCUCCUGCCUGGGCGACACCGGGGGCCCCCUGGUGUGCAGGUGGAACUGCACCUGGGUCCAGGUGGGGGUGGUGAGCUGGGGCACCUUCUGCGGUCACAGCGACGUCCCCGGCGUGUACGCCCGCGUGACGAGCUACAUGUCCUGGAUCCACCAGCACGUCCGUCCCUUCCCUGGGGCUGCAGGGGCGUUCACGUGAUGGAGGAGACCCCGCCUUCCUUGUGGACACCUUCCGCCCCUCCCCAGUUCCAGCCUCACUAUCCUGGCACCCAGUGGUCCUCUGCCUGGGACCCACAUUUCUGCUGCCCUUUCCUGCCUCUCAUCCACGUCCCGUCCUUCUCGAGGGAGAGGCCUGGGCGCCUCUGCAGGCUGAUGUCUCCAGGAAGGCGGGUGUGCGUGGGGAGCAGAGGCCCGGCUCUCCUGCCUCCUGCCCAGCCUGGCCCUUGACUCUGAUUAAACUGUGCGUAAAGCAGC